AUGAAGGUAGAUAAUCGGCCUAUCAUACUUCCAAUUUUCUAUAUGAUCGAUCCAAGAGAUGUACGCAAUCAAAGUGGACCUUAUCAAGAUGCAUUUCGGGAGCAUGAGAAGAACUAUGAUCAAAAGACCAUACAAAACUGGAAAGCGGCUCUAACCACGGUCGGAGCUUUGAAAGGACGGCACAUCACGAAUAAUGACGUGUAUGUAACUUCCAUACCAUAG